AUGCAGGAGCUUAGGAGGGUCAGGUCUGGGAUCUUGGGUGAGAAUGAUAACAUGGUUACAAUGCACGAUGUCAUGGAUGCUCGAUGGACGUACGAAAACCUCAACGACGAGACUUAUCUCAGGAGGGUGAUUAUGCUUCUUGAGGUGAUAUUGACGAGCUACAAGAGGCUCGUUGUGAAGGAUUCGGCUGUGAAUGCAAUCUGUUAUGGUGCUAAGUUGAUGAUUCCGGGGCUGUUGAGAUUCGAGAAUGACAUUGAUGUUGGCACUGAGGUCGUUCUCAUGACGACUAAAGGAGAGGCGAUUGCUGUUGGGAUCGCUGAGAUGACCACGUCUGUGAUGGCUACUUGUGAUCACGGUAUGGUGGCUAAGAUCAAGAGGGUGAUGAUGGACAGAGACACUUACCCGAGGAAAUGGGGACUGGGGCCUAGAGCUUCGAUGAAGAAGAAGCUUAUCGCUGAUGGGAAAUUGGAUAAGCACGGGAAGCCGAACGAGAAAACUCCUGUGGAGUGGUGUAGGAACGUGGUUUUGCCUACCGGUGGAGAUGCUAUGAUUGCUGGUGCUGCUGCUGCUCCUGAGAAGGUUGAGGCUGCUAAUGGAGGAGUAGGGGAAGAGCGCAAGCGUAAGCAUGAUGGUAAUGGUGGAAGCCCUGCUCCUGUUUCAACCAAGAAAGCUAAAACCAAAGAAGGUGAAGGAGAUGAGGUUGAAGAGAAGGUGAAGUCGAAGAAGAAGAAGAAGAAGAAGGAUAAGGCAGAGGAGAAAGAAGAAGAUGUUGGGUCUGGGAAGAAAGAGAAGAAGAAUAAGAAGGGGAAGAAGGAAGAGGAUACAGAAGAGUUGUCAUCACCAAAGUCAGAGAAGAAGAAGAAAAAGAAGAGCAAAGAGGUAGAGGAAGCUGCUGUUGAUGAUGAAGACGAAUCAGCAGCUGAGAAGAGUGAGAAGAAGAAGAAGAAAAAGAAGAGCAAAGAGACAGAGGAAGCCACUGUUGAUGAUGAAGAUGAAUCAGCAGCUGAGAAGAGUGACAAGAAGAAUAAAAAGAAAGAGAAGAAGAAGAAGAACAAAGACAGUGAGGAUGAUGAAGAAUGA